AUGUUGAAGAAGACUGCCAAGGGUCGUCAGAAGAUCGAAAUCAAGAGGAUCGAUCGCGAAGACUGCCGAAAUGUGACAUUCUCAAAGCGCAAAAGUGGGAUUUUUAAGAAAGCAAGUGAUCUUGUAACCCUCUGUGGUGCUGAGACUGCUAUUAUUAUGUUCUCUCCAGGAGGCAAUGCGUUCUCCUUUGGCCACCCUAAGGUCGAACAUGUAAUAGAUCGGUUUCUCACCCAAGAAACCAUACCAGAGGAUGGUACUGGUACCCUCCCACCUGUUGAUGAAUCCUACCAUGAGGUUGCAAUGAGUGAACUCAAUCGACAAUACAAUGAGCUCAGAAACCAAUUGGAAGCUGAGGAGAAGAGAAGGAAGAUGCUAGAGAAAAAGAUCAAAGCAAACCAGGCUCAAUCUUGGUGGGAAUCAGAUAUUGAAAAGGUUAGCUUACAUGAGCUUGAGAGAUUAAAGGUGGCAAUGGAGAAUCUUAAAUAUAGCUUAGUUAACAAAACUGACGAGUUGCUUAUGGAGUCAUCAUCUUCACUAUCACCAUUCUUGGCUAUCAACUCAUUGGUUAAUCCUUUCAUCCACCAAUCAACUAGGAACAAUACUUGUAUUAUUUCUCAUGGUCAUGGUUUACUUUGUGGUCAUAAUACAUCAACUAGUCCCUAUGUUUUUGGUUUGUGA